CCUCCACCGACACACUGGGACAAUGUCGGGGGUUGUACAGCAAGCGGCUGCAGACUCGCUUUGGGAGCUGAAUUCGGAGCUGAACUACGCCGAGCAGCUCGCCUACCACGGGGCUGUCGCGGCAGCAGCGGCCGCCGCCGCCGCGAUUUCCGCGCCCGGAGACCCACCAAACACAGCACCCUCAGCAGGAGGCAACCAAUCUUAUGGGAGUAGCGUGUGGGGCGAAUCUCUUCCGAUGGCGCACCCGCACCACCAGUUCCACCAUCACCACCAAGCCCCACACCCUAGUCUUCACAGCUUGCCAUGUGAUAUUUGGGGAAGAGCCGUCAACACACCCUCAACGCCCAGGUACGGCGGCAGAUCGUGCACAACCAGUUCGAGUUCGUCGGCGGCCAACAACGCGUCGCACCCGACGUCAAAGAAGACGCGGCGCCGAGUGGCGACGAUGGCGCAGCGGCGCGCGGCCAACAUCCGCGAGCGGCGCCGCAUGUUCAACCUGAACGAGGCGUUCGACAAGCUGCGCCGAAAGGUGCCCACCUUCGCCUACGAAAAGAGGCUGUCGCGGAUCGAGACGCUGCGCCUGGCCAUCACCUACAUCUCCUUCAUGGGCGAACUGCUGUCGGGAAAGUCGACCGGCUCGGACAGCGUCUCCUCGGCCUCUGGGCCCCCGGGGCCGCCGAUUUUGGGCCACGCCUCCGCAUUGCACUGUGCAGAGUACAUCCCCUACAGUCUGCCGCCACUUGCUUCAUAGGAGCAAUGACCAUUUUCUCAGGCAACAAAUCAAUCUAGUCUUCCUGCUUCAUUUGUCG